AUAAGAUAGUACUAGCUUUCAAUAGAUUUUGCAACAGCUUGUGCAAUGUUUUGUAACUUCUGCGUCAAAUCUAACGGGAUAUACAGCUAUGUAAAGUCAUGCUGAUACAUCUGUACUGAUGGGGCCACGUGUCUAGCUGUUAUGUAGUUAGGGUUAGCCGGAUUCAUAGUUCGCUUGCUACUUCCUGUAUUGUUUUGUAACAUCGACAAAAUGACCUUACGCAAGUUAUUUCCCGAAAUUAUUAUCAGUAGUCUGCUGUUACUGCAGGCGAGAAGAAGCAAUUCUCUUGGAAACAGCAGUGUGGCAGAUAUGACACCGGUGCGACGGUCAAUUGGUGAAGCGCUUUGGGGAAUGUGCGCAGCGGACUCGAUGUCAAUGCCCGUACAUUGGUACUACUCUGUCUAUGACAUAAGGAAAGACUUUGGAGGUUGGAUAACUGGCUUCAAUGCGCCCAAGAACAGGCAUCCAUCCAGUAUUCUCACUCUCUCCAACUCAGCUGGCAGUGGUCGGUCAGCAUGGUCAUCGUCAGCUAACCGCCCUAACGUGGUGGGGAAUGUUAUCCUCCACGACAAACUCAAGUUCUGGAAGGCAGCAGCAGGAUCAGUCCAUUACCACCAAGGAAUGCAGGCAGGUGACAGCACCCUGAAUGCCAUCUGCUCUCUGAGAGUGGCCCAGACACUGGCAGGCGGCAACUUCUCCAACAUGUCCAACCCAGAAGCGCGUGCUGCCGUUUUGAACGAUUAUGUUCAGUUCAUGACCACGCCAGGUACACAUGAAGACACUUAUGCAGAGUCAUUCCAUAGAUCCUUCUUUUCCGACUGGCAGGACUCCAGACCUACCUCUCCCAGCAAGAUCCUGGAGUUUGCAGAACAGCGCUAUAAGCAGAAGAUGAAUGUGUCCUUUCCAGACGGCCAGCUUGACGCAAUUGGCUGCAUCCCCAUGACGAUUCCCUUUGUUCUUCUCUCUGCUUCAGCCAAUGAGGAGCAAGCUCUGUCGGCAGCUGUCGAGUUUGUCAGACUCACACACCCUCACCCCAAGGUGGAAAAAUACGUGGCUCUAUAUGCCCGUGCCCUUCAUGCCACCCUGAGUGGCGGCAACCUCAAACAGCAUGCAGAGGCAGCCCUCCGCUCGCCCACGCUGGACGCAUGGGACACGUGCCAGCACUACAUGCAACGUGCAGCCAGGUUUCCAGUCUCUUCAGAAGAGAGGCUGAAGGUUCAUCAGAGUGCCGUGGAAGCUCUGGGCUUGGCCUGCUAUACUAAAGGUGCUCUUAGCAGUAUGUUCUACUUGGCACAUGAGUUCCAUGAUGACCCUCGUGGAGGCAUCUUGACUAACACCAACUGUGGUGGUGAGAACUGUAACAGAGGGGCAGCAUUGGGGGCUCUGCUUGGGGCCCAGGCGGGUCACAACGGGGGGGCAGUGCCCCAGGAGUGGAAGGAUGGAAUGCGUCACGCCCAGGAGCAGAUCCGGGAAAUCCUUAAGGAGGUGGACCAAAAUUGAAACAGUGACCCCUAGUGGUCUUGAAAGCAAAGGGAAUUACAUGAGCGAGAGAGAGCGAGAGAGAGCGAGAGAGAGCGAGAGAGAGCGAGAGAGAGCGA